AACCAAAGCUUGGAUGUGUAGGACGUCACAUGUUGUUUUUUCCUCUUCACUCCAGUCACUUAGUGAACAACAUGUUAUUUACUGUUAAACCGCUCCACGCAGCGAACGCGCACUCCGAGCCGGGUACAUAAGAGAGUCUGACAGGAUUAAAACUGAUUGACAGCACAAGUUGAGCAAAAGUGAGAGUUUUUCUUCACAGCAUAUGAGAAUGGCGAGUCCGCCGCCGACGGGAGGACAGCUGAUUUCAAAUAUGACCGUGAAGAACAACAACCACGUUAAGAAAUGCGGCUUACUGAGGAAACAGAAGCACGGACACAAGCGGUUUUUUGUGCUGAGGGAGCCGAGCGAGGGCUGUCGCGCCCGGUUGGAGUAUUACGAGAGCGAGAAGAAAUGGAAAAACAAGUCGGCUGCUAAACGGGUUAUACCUUUGGACUCGUGCCUGAACAUCAACAAGAGAGCCGAUGCCAAACACAAACACCUGAUCGCCCUUUACACCAAGGACGAGUAUUUUGCCGUGGCUGCCGAAAACGAGCAGGAACAGGAGGACUGGUACUCGGUCUUAACGGAUUUAAUGAACGAGGGGAAAGUGAGCGACAGCUCCGCGAAUAAUUCGGCGUCAUCCCUCGUCGGCUUUGAUGAGGCAAACUACGGCGUGAUAACGCCUGUCACCGCCACUUACAAGGAGGUUUGGCAGGUCAACUUAAAAUCCAAAGGACUCGGACAGUGCAGGAACUUAACGGGCGUUUACAGGCUGUGUUUAAGCAGCCGGACGAUCAGCUUCGUCAAACUCAACACGGAGGCGGCGUCGGUGAUUUUACAGCUGAUGAACAUCCGCCGAUGCGGACACUCGGACAGCUUCUUCUUCAUCGAGGUGGGCCGGUCCGCGUCGAUCGGACCCGGCGAGUUGUGGAUGCAGGCGGAUGACUCGGUGGUGGCGCAAAACAUUCACGAGACUAUUUUGCAGGCGAUGAAAGCCAUGAAAGAGAUGUCAGAGUUCCGCCCGCGCAGCAAAAGCCAGUCCUCGGGUACUAACCCCAUCUCUGUGCCCACCAGGCGGCACUUUAACAAUCUCCCGCCGAGUCAAACCGGGCUGCAGCGGCGCUCGCGCACCGACAGCAUGGCAGCGACGUCUCCCGUGACGAAACUGACGUCCUGUAGGUUCCGCACUGCGAGCGAGGGUGACGGAAAUACAGGCAGCCCCAUCAGCCCGUGCGUAAACAGGACGCAUUUGAGCCGCUCCAACACAGUGACAGCUCGCCCAUACAGAACAUUCGAGUCGUCAUCCCUGCAGCACAGCAGAUCCAUGUGCAUGCCUGUGUCUCACUCCCCUCCCUCAGCUGCCAGCCCUGUCAGCCUGUCCUGCAGCAGUAACAUAGAAAGUGGCCCUCGCCCCUCCAGCAGCACUGCUUCCAUUUCGGGCUCCCCAAGCGAUGCUGGCUUUAUCUCCUGCGAUGAGUGUGGCUCCAGCCCGGGUGAUAUACGACACCUUUUAGCAGCAAACCGAAGCAACACACCUGAGUCACUUGCUGACACACCCCCCUCAGAGGAGGGCAGCAACCUGCACGGAUACAUGAUUAUGGAGAGGCCAAACAGCCGUGGACGGCGGAGCGUCCGGGCAGCAGCUGAGGAAGGCAAAGGAGAUUUGGAGAAUGCUUACAGGAAGAGGACACACUCUCUCACCAUGCCUUACCAGAAGAAGGUGCCAUCACAAGUGUCCUCAGGUUCACUGGAUGAAUACACACUCAUGAGAGCCACUUACAGAACUGGAGGCCAUUCGGGGCGCAGCUCUCACACCGCAUCCCCAAAGGUCACAUAUCCUGAGGAUUACGGGGACAUUGAAAUCGGAUGGUUACUGAAAAGUUCCAGCAGUAAUCUGGGUGAUGAUGGCUACAUGCCAAUGACACCAGGUGUGGCUCCACAAGGGGGGAAGGCUGACAACUACAUGCCUAUGAGCCCAAUGUGCGUUUCUGCUCCGAAGCAGAUAAUCAACCCCAGGACGCACCCCCUCACUAUAGCUAAUGGUUACAGAACCAAUUCCCCCAGCAGCUGUUCUCUGGAUGACAGUGGCUACAUAAGGAUGCUGUGCGGCACUAAACUCUCCAUCGACAGCUCUGAUGGGAAACUGACGAAUGGUGAAUACCUCAACAUGUCCCCAAUAGAUUCGGUCACGCCACCAGAUUACUACCUGAGCCCUGUGGGUAUGGAGCAGUCACCCUGUCUCCGACAGCUUCACUCGUUUAACUCUCUGCCCCGUUGUCAGAGGCCCCAGCAGGUUCUAAAGGAUGCGGACAAUGAUCAGUAUGUUGUCAUGAAUCCUCAAAGUCACAGGAUAACAGAGGAGUCAGUAAGCACAGCAUCCACCCCUGCCCCAUCACCUCUAAGACAAAGCCGCACAGACAGUCUCAUCCUCCGGCACAGGAUGAGCCGGCCCACCCGCCUCUCCCUGGACAUGUUCCAAACAUUACCUAGCAUGAAUGAGCAUCCUCUCCCCUCUGAGCCAAAAAGUCCUGGCGAGUACAUAGACAUAGACUUUGGACAUGUUGCUGAAAGUUGCACUCCCCCCUCCACUGCUUCCUCCGUGAGCCCAGCCUCAUCUCUCGGAUCAUCCGCUGAUCACAGGACGUCCCCCCUCUCUGAUUACAUGAACAUUGAUGUGAGUUCGCUAUCACCCAAAUCUGGAAACGCUGCUCCAUCUAAUCGUUUGGAGCCGUUUCCAAAGCUCACAUCCUGCCCCGCCCACCCUGAGGAAGAGGUGGAAGAUGAAAGGUACCACCUCACUGCACAGGUGGCACCAGCGGGCACGGUUGACAGAGCUAAAGACGAUUACACAGAGAUGACGUUCGGCGUGCCUGCUUCCCCUCUGCAGCCUGUCACGCAGCCCUCCGAAGGUGUCCAGACCAUCAACCCAUCCUCUUGCUUGCAGAGGCUGACCCUGGAAGAGACUGUGGGAGUGCCUGCCGUUGAGGCUUUUCUGCUGCAUGGCACCACUCUGGCCUUGGUGGACCCUGACCGAGGUGCCAAGGUGAUUCGUGCCGACCCCCAGGGGCGCAGGCGGCACAGUUCGGAGACAUUCUCAUCAACCACCACCGUAACACCAGUUUUUCCCUCCUCCGCACACGAUGCCAGGCGGCAUGGUUCGGCCUCUGUGGAGAACGUGUCCGUUUCUGUGAGGAACAGCGAAGGAUCGGAUGAAGAGUUUAACAGUCCCAUGUGCAGGGAGACGUCAACUGGCUUCCAGAAUGGACUUAACUACAUUGCCUUAAACUUGAUGGAUGGAGGACUUACCAGAUGUGAUUCUCUUGUCCGGUUCAAAGCUACCAGCUGCUGUAAAGAGGGCAUCAAUGGAAUACACGCCAGUCCGUAUGCCAGGCUUGGGUUCAAGGAGACGGCAACAACAGUAAAAGACUAAAGAGAUCCAGUCUCCUCAUUAAAGCUCCUUCACCCCUUCUAUCCGUCGAGAGGAGGAGAGGAGGUGCUCGUGUGGACAGAUGGACCACGCUGCUGCUGCUUCAGCUUCAGCUCUCCGCUGAUCUUUAACCUCCCGAAUCCAUUCGAAUGGCAGUCGUCACGGCAACACGGACACUUGACCCCAGUGCGAGGCAUGAGGAUGACUCACAGACACAGAGGCGGGACUUCCUGUCCAUCUGUUACCCACAACAAUCUCUUUCCUUAAUUUCUGUGUUACGGAUCUUUUCCACUGGUUUUGUUACGAGUUCUGGACUUCGAGUGGCCAGUGCCCCCCCCCCCCGCCCCCCCCCAACCCCCCCCCCACCCCCCCCCCCCCCCCACCCCCCCCCCCCCACCCCCGGCCUCCAACCCCAAAAACAAAACAAACAAGAAGAGAGACAUCCAAUCUGCACACAUACACCCGUCACACAAGCCGCUUUAUUUAUUUCCCCGUGUGAUGGCGUGUGCGCAUGUGUUCGCGCACAAGCGGUUGCAACACUGCACAGAGGUUUGCAUUUCACAAAUUUACUCAACAAUUCGAUAUCGGAAAAUGCAGUCACUUGGAAAACCCUACCUCAGAACGAGCCAGGUUACGACUCACAAAAAGAUAUAUAUUGAGAAAAACUAAUUUAUUUUUACAAGUGAAUGUUUUCAUAAAGAACAACACCAAUCCAAAGCCUUACUGACUGUGCUUGUCAAACAGUGUUUCCUGGAGGACCUGCAUACACUCACAAGAGUAUCAAAGAUAACUGUUUGUCAUGGUACCUGAAUGUCUUGUGCUGCAGCGGAGGAACGUCUUGCACUGCAGUUAAAGAUCUAUUAAUGCUAUUUUGCAUUCUACACAGAUAUUUAAAUGAUUUUAAUAUAAUAAUAUUUAUCUGAGCUGAUAAAGGACCGGUCAGGUGGCCACCUGUCUGCCAUCCCGCACAUAUGCAAAGCAGGCUUCCAGAGCAGAGGAGUCAUCAGUUUUGGAUCGAAGCCACACGCGAUGCACACACAACCCUUACGGUACACUAGAUGAAUGAUGUCGUGCGCCUCAGGUCAGAGAGAGGAGCACCUCACCAAGCCUAGGCACGCUUUACACCGUACCAACCCAGAAGCCUCUGCUGACUCGCCCUCUCUCACUGCUCUGAACACACAGGCUUCCCUUCACCUUACAUCCGCACCCGUCGGCCCGCCGUUCGAGAGAGUGAGAGAUCCAGGGACGUCUCAGAAGGCCUGACACCAUUAAUGCUGCUCCCUACCGUCAGACAGAACCAAUGCUUUGUCUUGCACUUACAAACUCCUUAGAUUGUAACACAAGACACGUUUGAAUGUAGAGUAUUCUGGAGGUCUCACGGCCUAAACAUCCACAAACAGACUGAUACACAGGCAAGAGUCAUUCGGAUCGCCGCAAGCAAGCGAAACAAAGUACAACACACACAACUUGACUUCAGUAUAUGAAAACGUUUGCCUAGAAAGCUGUACAUAAUGUAUAAAGAGAUUGCAACUGAUGUUUUUAAGUUAAAUAUGAUAACUUAUGUCUUAUAUAUAUGUGUGUGGUACGUGUUUGAAUUAAUUUCCCCCAAACAACUAAAGCACUAACGAAGGUACUUGCCAAAGCCUGAACUUUGGCCUGGCACUUUUCUUUUCUAAUACUUCAGUAUGUUUGUAAAAGUAUGUACACUGUACGAUAAAUGCCACUUCAAGGAUAUUUGAUAAUGCUAUGAUACAAAAAAAAAAAAAAAUUCAUUUGAUAUUACAAAAAUAGGUACAAAUUCACAAAUGGCAUAUGCAAUAUUUACAUUUUUUUAAUUUUUAAGAUUAGUUUACAGAAAGGAACCAAAUGUAUAAAUACUGUGUAGAACUUUUUUCUGCCAACUUUAAAUGGAAAAGUGUGUUUUUUUUUUUUUUUUUUUUUUUUUUUGCUGUUGAAUCCGAACAGUAAUUUCAGCAGUGUUUGUAUGCAAAUGUUGUUUCUCAGUAUGGAAAGCUUGAUUAUUUCAAUGCCUAAGCGUUUUUUUUUUUCUCUCUCUGUCUUCCAUUGUAUAUGCUUCAUAUUAUUUGCAUUGUGAUGCUACUUAGAAAUGAUAAUUUAAACUUAGUGUAAUGAGCAUUGCUACAGAAACUGUAUUGAUUCUGAAUAGCCACAUGCAAUAAAAAAGUAACAUUAUUUAAGAAACCCA